AUGUCCCUCAUAACCCCAGAUUCCUUCUUGCGCCUCCCUGCAAACGCCAAUGGCGACAAGGCACCGAUAACCAUCUUCUUCAUCACCGGCAACCCAGGCCUAAUCGGCUACUACCAUACUUUUCUCUCUUUGUUGUCUGACAGGUUGGGAUUGGAUGGUGGGAGUUCGUUCCAGGUUUUUGGGCAUAGUCUUGCGGGGUUUGAAUUGUCCAAGGAACAGGAGGGAAGGAAAGAGAAAGCGGUGGGAGAGGGAGAGGAAAAGGGACAUUACUAUAACCUCGAAGAACAGAUUUCUUAUGUCCAAAGGAAACUGGGCAGUUUCAUCACAAACCACUAUGAGCAGAAUCAACAAAAUCAUGAUGGAGAGGUGCCCAAAGUGAUACUCAUCGGCCACUCAGUCGGCACUUACAUCGCCAUGGAAGUCCUCCGACGACACCGUGAAAGACAGCGCCAGCAUGCAACUACAAUCACAACCCCCUCAAAUAACACCACAGCAGCAGAAUUCGACAUCAUCGGCGGGGUCAUGCUCUUCCCUACUGUCGUGGAUAUUGCCAAGUCGCCUGCUGGGCAGCGAUUAAGCAAGCUACUGAGCUUGAUUCCUGGCCUCGCGGUUAUAGCGAGUUUAUUUGCUAGGGUACUGUCGGCUUUACUUCCUGGUGGACUUCUGCGUUUGGUCGUCGCCGCGUUUAUGAGCUUGUCUUCGUCGCUGGAGUCGCCGGAUAGAGUUGUUGUUGAUACGACGUGUGGGUUUUUGGGGAGUAGGGGGGUUAGGCAAGCUUUACAUCUCGGGGCCGACGAAAUGCAAACAAUCACAUCCGACAAAUGGUCCGAUGAUAUAUGGGGUAUGUCGGAUGUUGAAGAGCCGCUUGCGAAGUUGUUUUUCUACUUUGGGAGGAAUGAUCAUUGGGUUGCGGAGAGGACGAGGGAUGAGAUUAUUGCUGUGCGGGGGAAGGAUAGUGACAAUGAAAUUGGGAAAGGGAAUGGGCCUACGAUGGUGGUUUGUGAGGAUGGGUUGCCGCAUGCUUUUUGUUUGAGUGAGUUCUUUUACACUUCUUUUUGGUGA